UUUGUUAUUUUAUAAAUAAAUACUUGUGUCGUAUCCGAUGUGUUUAUCCUAAUCACAGAGGAAGAACUUCAUGCUGAAUACUGGAACAACAAAGCGAAACAAGCCCUUCACACUGCACUGAAUGUUCAGCCUGAUGUGCACAAAGCCAAAAACCUCAUCCUGUUCCUGGGGGACGGAAUGGGAAUGCCAACAGUKACAGCUGCCCGGAUCCUCAAAGGCCAGCUGAAAGGAAAUUCAGGAGAGGAGGAAAGUUUGGUUAUGGAUACAUUUCCUCACGUGGCACUGUCUAAGACCUAUAACGUAGACCAGCAGAUGCCAGAUAGUGCCGGCACAGCGACGGCAUACUUAUGUGGGGUAAAAGCCAACUAUGGGACCCUUGGAGUCUCUGCUGCCGCUCCACUGGGUAACUGUAAUGCUACUUUUGGCAACGAAGUCACAUCAAUUCUCCACCGUGCCAAGAGUGCAGGAAAAUCUGUUGGAAUUGUCACAACAACGAGAGUGCAACAUGCUUCCCCUGCAGCAAGCUACGCUCACUCUGCAGACAGAGAUUGGUAUUCUGACUCUGACCUCCCUAAAGAAGCUGUCCAAAAUGGYUGUCACGACAUUGCUUAUCAACUGAUUCACAACACARAGAUAGAUGUCAUUCUGGGUGGAGGUCGUACGUAUAUGUUACCAAAAGACACACCGGACCCUGAGUACUCAUCUGUGACCGGAGACCGGAAAGAUGGAAAAAAUCUUAUUGAUGAAUGGGCUAAAAACAAAAAGAAUGCUAAAUAUGUUUGGAAUAAGAGUGAUUUUGAUGCUGUCGAUCCUCGAAAAACAGACUUCCUCCUAGGUUUGUUUGAACCCAAAGACUGUCGCUAUGAGCUGGAGCGAGAUACAUCUAUGGACCCUUCGCUAACAGAGAUGACAGAAAAGGCAAUCAAGAUUCUCCAAAAAAAUCCAGAAGGAUAUUUCCUGUUUGUGGAAGGGGGGAGAAUUGAUCAUGGUCACCAUGCCACUUGGGCUAAAAAAGCUCUCYACGAAGCUGUAGAGUUUGACCGUGCAAUCGGGCGAGCAGCAGAACUCACCAAUGAGCUGGACACACUGACUGUAGUCACUGCUGACCACUCCCAUGUCUUUGCUUUUGGAGGAUAUUCCRCAAGAGGAAACUCUGUUUUGGGAGUUUCUCGUACAUUGGCCAUGGACAAAAAGCAUUUUACCACUGCUGUUUAUGGCAAUGGACCAGGAUAUCAGAUAGUCAAUGGAACUCUUUCAUCAUGA